UUUGCGAUAGGUUUGGCAUACAGCGACGCCACGGACAUGCUGAGGACAGCGCUGCAGGCUGGGGUGGGCUGCCUUCCGAGGAGAGCGGCCAGUGGUGGUGCCGUUUCUUCCCCGCAAGCAGGUCGGCGGGCGUUGUCUUCUCUCCAAGAGGCACUUAUCAAGGUCACCUUCAUCGAUGCAGAGGGAGACCGCGAGACCGUCUCCGCGCUUCCGGGACAGAACAUCUUCGAGGUGGCGGAGAAGCACGAGAUAGCGCUCGACGGACCCUGCCGGGGGAAAGCCGGUGCGGUGCAGAGCCGCAAUUCGGAGUCGUGGACGGAAGAUUUGUUCGGCCAGGGCCCCGUGUGCGCAAGCUGUCACGUCAUGCUCACCAAGGAGUUCACGGGAAAAAUAGAGCCACCCCUUGACAGCGAGAUCAGCCUCCUGGAGAGAAAGGGGGAGCUGUAUGCGCCGGGGUCAUCCCGCUUGGGGUGCCAGGUCAAGCUUUCCAGGGACCUCGAUGGCAUCACGGUCUUUAUCCCGGACGGACCUCCCGUCGGCUAGAUGACGGCGACGCCAAGUGUUCUACGGAAUGUGGUGGAGUCGACGCCAGGCGCCGGUGUCGGCGAUGGCUCGAGCGCUGUUCCAUCCUGUGUUGCUGGGUCUGAGCAGGCCCGAGGCAGCAGCGCGGGAGCACAGUGGUUCGGUUUCGAUUUGUUGGAAGGGCGAAGGGACAGCGGUAUCGAGACCGCUGUACACGGGUCGGGGCAAAGGCAUUACCUGCGCACCACGUGUUUGCGUCGGUGUAGAAGGACAGGGAAGCUUUAAUUAGGAGUUAUAAGCGUGGCACAUUGCUCGCGUUUCGCGUUUGGCUUCCGGUAUGCUUGGUGUCCUGCACGUCUUUUAUUGCAUGGUAACCGGGCCGAGGGGGAGACUAUGUACUACUGCCUCUGAGAAAGGAGUCACGGAAACUUUCGGGGAAGUGGGGGUUUGGGAAUGCCAAGCUUAAUGUUGAGGCCGGGGAAGCGUGAGUUUGUUGGCGUGCUGCAUGGAAGCGUUCGGUGUGUUGCGUUGCAGUUGCAGCCUAUGUACGUACCAGUAAGCGCGCAGGUGGCGGUGGUGGUUGGUGUCGGCAUGCUUACGGGUGGUGUUCGUGCCCUUCUCGGUAGUGUGUGGCAGGAUUUGCGAUGGGAGAGAACGGCCGAGCGAAGCACGAAAUACAGAGUGCUGAUGCGGAGCGGGAACCAGCAGUAAAUACACCGGUUUCCCUUUGCAGGAUGUUUGCGGGCCGACCGCGCCUUUUCUGGUUGGACUGUUUCAAGUGUUUGACCUGUUACCCUUUGAAGCUUUCGGUCGCUGAACACAACAAAUAACGCCUCGGGUCAUUAUAGCCCUCAAACACGCAAAAAACGAAUUAAUUGAAAACAGCAUACACUGUAGUUUGGAUCAUCUCUUCAAUUGGGGGAAAAUAUGUUAUGUUUGUGUCACUGCUCUGUUGCUGCCAGCCUUUUUUUGUUGAGAUUGACGUGUUACAUCCAUCCACCCAUACCUUGCCAACAAUGUCAUGUGGGGUAGACCUCCUGUAGACGGCUCUCACUUUAUUUUCUUCGAUUCAUUCAUGAUCCCUACGCUGCUGAUGUCUGUCCGUGUGUUUUGCAAAGAACCCACCAUCUUUUUUACUGUUCCCGGUCACAGCUAGCGUUGCAUUUUUCUUGUUUCGGCCACAAGGAUCGAUCUCCAAGAAAUAACUAUUAUACUGCACCGAGAACUACAGGGUAGAUUCCCGUUUGCAAAGCCCGAUAACUGCUUGCAGCACAAACCGCUGUGUAUUGCCGAAAACGGCGGUGCUGAAAACGUCUCGUCGAGAGCUUUCGAAUCUGCAAUCAUGUGAACAUAGCAUUCUCUUCUCGUCGUGGAGUAAUCAACCUUUGAGCUCGAUUCAAGGGGGGUGGUAUCUUACGGAACCUGAAGUUCAGUAUCUUUUCGUCAUGAGUUGUUGUUGUUUGUUGUUUGUCUUCACAUUAAACCGUAUGUCAGUUGCUAAAUGCCAAAAUCUAGCAAAGACUCUCAGCCCGUGGUCACGAAAGUGCUAGAGCCAUCUGAGGAUCUAAAGAACACGCACACAUCUGACGAGAAAAAGGUAUGCAAGAGCCCGAAGAGGCACACCUAAAAAUCCCUGCAGCACCGUAUGCGUGCCCAAAAACUGAACUGCACGUCCGUCCCACCGUUCGACUACAGUAGCAUCACCCCCUCCCUGUCCCACUCUAUACCAAAACGGAAGAUUGCCGACUACAGCAUAAUGCUGUCUGAAGUGCUGUCUG